AUGGAGCAGCCGGCCUUUAUCUUCUUGAAUAUGACAGACGCGGCUACUCUCUCCCCGCCGGCUGCGAAGCGAAUGAGGGCGCAUAUCACGAAAACCAACUUCGCCAAACGGCGCCAGCAUGCUCCGCCGACCAGAGCAGAACAGAGAGAACAGAGAAAAGAUCAAUCGCGGCUGCUGAGCGAGAGCGAAACGCCCGCCAGCAAUCAGAACAUCACUAUAUCGUCAACCAUCCCCACUGACCCCAAUUCAGCUCGUGGUACAACGAUUUUCCACAAGCUUCAAGAACUAGUCUUUCUAGAAGGCAGACACUCGCCAGGCAGCGCAAGGGAAGCGGCAUGGUUUAAUCUUAUUUCCUCAGACCCAGUGCUAACCGAAGCGACACUGGCGGUGGCGGUACGGCACUGGUCCCCCAGCGCCCCAUGGCAGUUGAAAGCAUAUCGGCACUCAUAUGAAGCGGUCCAUCUUAUCAACCAGCGAAUCAUGUCGACGGGGACACGGACGGACGGUGUCCUCGGCGCAGUCACCACCCUAGCAUUCGGGGCGACCCUGGAACAGGAUGACGUGGCCUGGAAUAUUCAUGUCAUUGGUCUCGCGCAUAUGAUCAAAGACAGAAAAUCUCGCAGCAUGAAGCCGCCGCCAUCAUGGAUGACAAAUUUGAUUGUCCAAGACUCCGUCAAUGCCAUCUUCAAUUUCCCACGACUGUAUCAUGAGCACAUUGUCGAAGCCUUGAUUGAUUACGAUGACCAGAGAAUCCCCAUAAUCAAAAGAAUAUGUGACAGUGUGAUCCAGCUACAGGAAAUGAUCGAGUCCCAUCAUCAACACCAAUUUGAUCCAACUUCGGUGGCCCGAGAGAUCGAGGAGCCACUGUCCCAGCUGCAUUACGAAGUACGGGCUCUCCGAGCCACCGACGAUGUAUAUGUCCAGGCCACCGCGCGAGCGAUCGAACUGGUGCUCUAUCUCCUCUGGCCAUCGCAGUCGGGAGCUCACUUAACCCUCCUUGCUGGGGAACUGAAAGAAGCAAUAUGUCGAUUUCCGAUCAAAGGCUGCUCCUACAUGAAUUUUACUUCCUUUCCGCUGAUGAUUGGGGCUAUUGCUGCCGACAAGGACUCGCUCCCUAGGGCAUGGUUUGUUGACCGAUUGACCCGGGAAGUACGAGCGAUGCAGUUGCGUGGGUGGAACAGACCACUUAGCCUCCUGCAAAACAAGUAUAAUAAUAACAACUCCACUCUUAUGGGGCGAUUUAAAGCUCUCUGGCAGGAAUUAUACUAUGUCGCUAAUGAGCUUAAGGAUUGA